AAGGGCGAGUUUUUUUUGCAGGGGAGAGGAAAUCCUAAGGAAAUGUGUGGGAUCACGCUCUGUGUUUCCAAGUAGCCAGAGCAUUAUUUACAAACUGUUUUCAUUUUAUUCAGCGUACUCAUCGUCUGAUACAAACACGGGUGUGGUGACCGACAAGUAAGGGGGGGAACAGGGGAACCGAACGUCGUUGGGUCAAAAUGUCGAUUCAGUACGAUGUGGAACAGCUGGCUGACAGCUACGGGGUUGCGGACUCGUUCCCCAAAGAUUUCGGUUAUGGUGAAGAGGAGGCCGACAUCGAGGACAGCCCGGCGCCGUCCGACAGCAAACCCAGAAUCCUGCUCAUGGGUUUGAGAAGAAGUGGCAAAUCGUCGAUACAGAAGGUGGUUUUCCACAAAAUGUCUCCAAAUGAGACCUUGUUCCUGGAGAGCACCAACAAGAUCUACAAGGACGACAUCUCCAGCAGUUCAUUCGUCAACUUCCAGAUCUGGGACUUCCCAGGCCAGGUUGACUUCUUCGACCCCACCUUCGACUACGAGAUGAUCUUCAGAGGAACUGGGGCUUUGAUAUUUGUCAUUGAUGCUCAGGAUGACUACGUGGAGGCCCUGGGUAGGCUCCACCUCACAGUCUCACGGGCCUACAGGGUAAAUCCAGAGAUUAACUUCGAGGUGUUUAUCCACAAAGUGGACGGCCUCUCAGACGAUCACAAGAUCGAGACCCAGAGAGAUAUCCACCAGAGAGCCAAUGACGAUCUGGCCGACGCUAGCUUAGAGAAGCUGCAUCUCAGCUUUUACUUGACAAGUAUUUACGACCACUCCAUCUUCGAGGCCUUCAGCAAAGUGGUACAGAAGCUCAUCCCUCAACUCCCCACUCUGGAGAACCUCCUAAACAUCUUCAUUUCUAAUUCAGGGAUAGAAAAGGCCUUUCUGUUUGAUGUGGUCAGUAAGAUCUACAUCGCCACAGACAGCUCUCCCGUAGACAUGCAGUCCUAUGAGCUGUGCUGUGAUAUGAUCGAUGUGGUCAUUGAUGUCUCCUGCAUCUAUGGCCUGAGGGAGGACGGCAGCGGCAGCGCCUACGACAAGGAGUCCAUGGCCAUCAUCAAGCUCAACAACACUACCGUGCUGUACCUGAAAGAGGUCACCAAGUUCCUGGCCCUUGUCUGCAUCCUGCGAGAAGAGAGUUUUGAGCGCAAAGGAUUGAUAGACUACAACUUCCACUGUUUCCGUAAGGCCAUCCAUGAAGUAUUCGAAGUGGGGGUUUCCACCCAGCGUCCAGUGGGCCCCCAGGCUGUGGGCUCACCCUGCAACAAGGCUGUUGCAUUGAACGGCACCCCGCGCAACACUGUCUAGGCACUGAUGAAAAACAAAAAAUAAAAAGACGCAAAAAGAGGGUAGUGGAAAGGAAAGACAGAGAAGGGCCAGGGAACCUGUAGAGGAGAGACUUCUAAACUGGGGCUCACUGGUGGGCCAAUCACAAUCCCUUGCUCCCAGAAUCUAAAGCACUGAGAGACAGCUGGAGCCAGGAGAGUGUGGGAGCAGCACUGGAGCACCAAGGAGUCAGGCUUCUCGAGUUAAGAUGGGAGAGAAUUUCAAGCAUCCCUUUCAGGCGAAUGCAGAACGCCGUGUUGGCUGCGAGGAAGUCAACAGAGUAACGCGGCACCUGGACAGGAAAAGGUGUUCGGUCUCUCUCUUUGGAUUUCCUAAGGCGGUCCAAGACUGUGAUAUUUAGCUGCUGGUCUCUCUGUAUGAACAAUGUGAGGAGGGAAAACCAACCCUUGUUUUGUAACCUCUUACUAUGGACAAGCUGUGAUGACAGUUUGCGGGAAUCUGUCUAGUGAUGAACCCACCCCGACCACUUCUGUGCUGAUUUUUGAAAAGAUGGUGGAUGUGAACUGCUAGUCCUAAACCACACAUGUUCAGAGAUGGCCUUAUGUAGAUGAAGCUUGACUGCAGUGCAAGCUUUCACUCUCCACCACUCACCUCACCCUACCUGAAUGAUGCCCAAAACUGGCUGUUUGGUUUCACUUGUGACGGCAAAACAAGGUUUUGUGAGCAGUCUGAAAAGGGAUUGUGCUGUCGAUAACUAACUCGGUCUUGUGUGUACGUAUGUAGGUAUCUGUGUGUGUAUGUGUGUGUGUGUGUGUUUGUUUGUUUGUGUGUGUGUGUGUGUCUGUGUGUGUGUGUGUGUGUGUGUGUGUGUGUGUGUGUCAAUGAGAGGUUUUGAUUAGAUCCCAGACUGGGUUCCUUGUCUCUACUGGUGAAGGACCUUUAUGGAAAGAGUAUAUGUCCUCCUUCUCAAUAACAGCUUAGCAUAAUUAAACUCUUUUCCAUCAGUGAAAGUAACUUUUCUGUGUGUGCUCCAAAGAAAAUCAAACUUUUGAUUGACUUUCCGAUGAGUUUGGCUGGAAAUUUGGAAAUGCUCUUUGCAAAAGCACUGCCAAAAUGAAGAAAUGAUUCAGAAAUAGUAGAAUGAUUUUUUUUUUUUUUUUUUUAAUAUCAUAAUUAAAACCUUAUUUGUUGCCAUUUAAGAAAAAUGUAUAAGGUCUGUUUGACGUGCAGGACUGAUGGAGGGGUUCACACUCCAGAUUGACUGUCUGUGACAUUUUGGGAUGACGAUAUUAACUGGUUGAAAUUUGCAUGUUUUUCCACCUACAGUUUCAGUCCUUCCCAAGAUUAUUAACCCAUGUUUUGUGUUUAGUUUGGCUCUGAUCAGUAGGAUUCACAGAACAGAAUGUACCCAUUCCAAGCAUGCAUACAUCAGUGUGUUGUCACCUCAUAUUGCUCUCAACCUUAACACUGAUCAUUGUAUUUAAAGGUAAGAAAGUGAUAUUGAAACUUACCAAGAGAAUUAAACACACAGGAGGAGAAAAAGACAAAAUUUACUUUUGCCAUUACAGUGACACGUAAGAUGUUCACGCCUGCAUUUUUGUGUUUGUUUUAAUCAGGGCUGAGAUGUGGGAACUCAGACUGGCCGCAUCAAAAGACCACAAACCUGACUCACGAAUGUUAACUGGAUAACUUUGCAGAGUAAAACUCAGCAGUUCGUGUUCCAGGUUUGAAGGUGUUCAGGGUUUUUGCUCAGCAAAGGUAUUCAAGUAACUUAGUGAAUUUGCUUCUUCAGACAGGCCCCAAGAUCCUCUCAACCUUGUCAUUAUCAGUCACCUGAAAAUAAACACUUGCACAUCAGAGGCUUGAUGGAUGAUUGAUUUCAUGUAUUGCGAGCUAUACUGUGUGAAAUAAAUGAAAAUUUAAAUUUUA